GUUCGCUGUUAAGAAAAUCAGCAAUCAAAAACAUAAUCAUAUAAAAUUGGAAUUGAACUUUUAUUUUCGCAAAUAUGACUGACGUUCUAACAACUGAACGAGAUAAAAAUGAUCGUGUGGAGACUAUUCUGAAGGGAUUUCAAAUUAAUUGGAUGAAUCUUCGUGAUGCUGACACAGGAAAAAUUCUUUGGCAACAUAAUGAGGACAUGUCAAGUCCAGAUGCGGAACACGAAGCAAGAGUACCCAAAAGAAUUCUCAAGUGCAGAGUAGUGUCUCGUGAAAUGAACUUCAGCUCAAUAGAAUCCAUGGAUAGAUUUAGAUUAGAACAGAAAGUACUCUUCAAAGGGAGAUGUUUAGAAGAGUGGUUUUUCGAUUUUGGUUAUGUGAUCCCGAACUCAACGAACACUUGGCAAUCCGUUAUAGAGUCAGCGCCUGAAUCGCAAAUGAUGCCGGCCAAUGUGCUCAAUGGGAACGUGGUUAUCGAAACGAAAUUUUUUGAUGGAGAUUUGCUGAUCACAACCUCUAGAGUACGACUGUUCUAUAUAUGAGUCGUCUAUUAUCAAAGGCGGCAAUCUGUACAUUUGGACAAAAAUUUUUUAUUGAUAUGUCAAUACAGAUUUAUUUGAAUAUAAUCGUCUCCUUCAAAGAAUACGGUUCAAAACCUGCAUUAAAUAAAGGUUAAUAGUUAACCUGUUAUUUAUCUAAGAUGUCGUUCCGAAGAGUUUUGUGACUGCCAAUGGAAUACAAAGUCAAUAAUUCGUUUUUCUGAUUUACCAAUCAUUGUCCAAAAGUCAGAUUGCCGCCUUUGAUAAUAGUCGACUCAUAUAAUCGUUUAAAUUUAAUCUAUGAUACUUAAAAUCUACUUGUGCAUUUACUAGUCAUUGGUGUGGUGCAUUUAUUUUAUUCGAAUUUUUACUUCAAAGUGUCCUUAUUGUGAUUUUUGUAUCCCCUAGAAGCAGGUAAUUCUUAGAAUACAAAUUAUCAAAAUUUAUUAAUAAGUGGAUGUAUUUUAGAUCUAAAACUUAAUGCAUAGUAUCAACAGCUCAGUCUCCUUUUUGCUUGCUAAAAUGGAAGCGGCUACCCGAACCCAUAGAUGGAUUACAAUGGGAAUGUCUUCAGUCUAAGAGUGGUGGGAUUAGCCAUAACACACACAAAAAUACAGUAUUAGAUUUAAUCUCAACCACUUUGUAUUACUCGAGAUUACAACUAAAUAUAUAGUUGAAAAAGCAACAAAACAUGCUUAAUGGAAAGCCGAUUUUUAUUUUAUUAUUCUGGUCAUCUUGGUCAGGCCAUUAGACCAAUGCUAUAAAAUUAUUGUAUUAUCGACCUUGAAGUGAAUUAAAUUUUUAAGUAAAUUUGAUAUUUUGACAUUCGUGAAAAAUAAGUUGAACAAUUACAUAUAGGGCAAGUUCAUAAAAAAGUGUUAAAUAUAAUUUUAUUAGACUUCCAUGUAUUAAUUAUGCAAUAAAGGAUGUAUGUAUUGGAACCGAUUCGAAAACAUGGGGUAUGAUAUAUUUGAUUGCCAUUUGCUACACUGAAAAUCAUGUUCAAUUUAUUAUUAUUUCCCUCAUAGAAUUUGCUAACACUGUUAGGCCCGGGCAAGAAUAGUGCUUUGCUGAAUUUUCAAAUUUAUCCAAGGUUGCAACGUUUUUGACAUGGCACUGCAUAAAUGAAAAUUUAGUUCUGUUUCACUAUCAGUAAACGGGCUCACGGUCUAUUCUGCCGCCCACCUUGAGACGUAAGGUCGUAAACUUAUAUGAUUUUUAUAACAGUAACGUUCUGAAGAUCGAACAGACGGAAAAUAAUAUCUGUUUACCCUGAACUAGGACUUUUUGACUCCCAGACUACAGCUCUGCGAAAUAAUUAAUCCAGGCUCAGAAUAUUACUUAUUAUCUUGCUUUGUAAGAGAAAAAGCAAACAUUUUUGAACUGUAAGGCUAUAAAAGUACAUGUUAAAUAAAAUGAUUUCCUGAAUAAAUUUCAAAUGAGUAUUAUCUUUAUUAGGCUGUUUUGGUUUGCCGGUCACUGCUCAGGGUUAAUGGCUUAGUGUUCGCUUCGGGAACGAUUCCAAUAUACCCCAUUGUGAAUGGUAAACAAGCCACAUUGUUUGAUUAAUGUUAUGGAAGUACUGUAGCUUUUUAGUCCUCUAAACGCACUAGUAAUUAGAGCUUGUGAUUUUAUUUUAUUUUAAUUGUUAUGUACACAUUUAAUUAUAAGCAAAAAUAAACUUUCAAAUUGAA